AUGUUGCGCCUUCAUGACUCGUGGCCGUGGUUGCACGCAGAUCGCCGAGACAUGCAAGGUCGCAAACCAAGCGAUCCCGAGUACGACCCACGGACGUUGAAAGUUCCUGCCGACUUUCUCCGCAAGGAGACACCCGCGAUGCAGCAGUGGUGGCAAGUCAAGCAAACCAACAUGGACACGGUCUUGUUUUUCAAAGUCGGCAAAUUCUACGAGCUGUUCCACAUGGAUGCCGACGUCGGAUUCAAGGAGCUCGAUUUGAACUAUAUGAAAGGUGAGAAAGCCCACUCGGGAUUUCCCGAAAUUGCAUACGCCAAGUUCUCGGCGACGCUCGUGUCACGCGGCUAUCGCGUCGCGCGCGUCGAGCAGACCGAGACACCCGAGAUGAUGAAGGCGCGCGGGUCCAAGUCCAAAGUCGUCGCGCGUGAGAUCUGCUCGUUGCUGACACCUGGCACCAACACGAUUAGCUUUCUGGACGGAUCGCAAGGCCCGUUUACGGCGGCGUCGUUUCUCUUCACUCUGAAGGAGCAAAUAUCUUCGAGCGGCAAGGACGUCGAGUUUGGCGUGUGCAUGGUGGACUGCUCGACGGGGACGUUUCACAUUGGUCAAUUCACCGACUCGUUGCAACGCGAUCGCCUACGCACGCUCCUGGCUCAGUUUCACGUGGUCGAGAUCGUUGUUGAACGCCACGGACUGAGCCAAGAGACCAAGGCCAUCUUGACGCACGGAGCCAGUGGCGCCGUCAAGAGCGAGCUCAAGGCCGGAACAGAAAUGUGGGACGCCGCCAAGACUGUCCGAGAAUUGCGCGCGGCCGGGUACUUUGCUCAGUGGCCUGAUGCGUUGAAGACGUGGAUGGACGUUGUCGAUCCGAGUAGCGUCCGGGCAAGCGGAUGGCUCGCCAUGUCGGCAUUGGGCGGGUGCGUGUGGAACCUCCGGCGCAGUUUGAUCGACCAGGAACUGCUGAGUUUGAGCCAAUUUCAAACGUAUAUGCCGCCGGACGCCUUGUCGUCGCCCUCGGGGUCAUCCCUAGGCGCAUCCAUCUUGUCGCAGCAAUACGUUGUCCUGGACGGCCAUACGAUCCACAACUUGGAGUUGCUCCGGAACAAUUACAACGGUCAGCGCACUGGGUCCUUGCUGGCACAACUCGACCAGACCGUGACGAAUUUCGGUAAGCGGCUAUUUGAAGAAUGGCUGUUGAAGCCUCUCUGCGGUGUCGACGCGAUCCAUGCCCGCCUGGAUGCCGUGCAGGAACUUAUUCCGCAACACGCACUUGUUGUCGAGCUUCGAUCGAUCUUGAAGAGCAUGCCGGACUUGGAGCACUACCUGUCGCGCAUCCACGCGCUCGGCGUGCUCCGACCUGACCACCCCGACAACCGUGCCAUCAUGUACGAGACGUCGCAGUACAACGUGCGCAAGAUCAAGAACUUUGUCGCGACGCUGUCUGGGUUCCAAGCGAGUUUACAGAUCGUCAAGACUUUGAAGCAGACGUCGUGGACGUCGGCCAUGCUGACCCGUUGGAUCGGCACGUUUCCAGACUUGAAGGAGAAGCUCGCGUUCUUCGACAAUGCGUUUGACAAGGCCGUCGCGCUGAAAACCGGAACGAUUCAACCGCAGCCAGGCAUGGACCCUGAGUACGAUGACGCGGUCGCGGCAGUCGCAGGUAUUGAGUCCGAGCUGGACGAGUACUUGGAGACGCAACGCAAGGCGCUGAAAUGCAAGAGCAUCGUGUACUGGGGCGCCAAGAAGGACGACCGGUUCCAGCUAGAAGUCCCCGAGUCCGCCGUCGCAGCCAAGCAGCCGGCCGAGUACGAGUUGAAGUCGAAGAAAAAAGGAUUCAAGCGCUUCCACACGCCGUUCCUUCGCCACUGCUUGCAACGGCUGCCCGCCGCCGAAGACAGACGAGAAGUGGCGCUCAAAGACUCGGCACGACGAAUGUUUGCCAAUUUUGACAAAUGGUACAUCGAGUGGAAGCGAGCCGUGCAGCACCUGGCCGUCUGGGACUGCCUCAUGAGUCUGUCUCUAGUCAGCGGGCAGAGCGAAGGAUACACUCGACCUGAAUUUGUUCAGCACGACGAGCCGUUCGUGCACAUUACGGAGGGGCGGCAUCCCAGCCUCGCGUCGACCGUGACCGACUUUAUCCCGAACGAUACACAUCUCGGGAAUGGCAGGGGAUCGAUGAUGCUUCUAUCGGGGCCAAACAUGGGCGGAAAGUCGACGCUGCUUCGGCAGACGUGUACGUUGGUGCUCAUGGCUCAAAUCGGAUGCUUUGUGCCAGCGGAAAAGUGCCGGUUGACUCCCGUGGAUCGCAUUUUCACCCGCCUCGGCGCGUCGGACCGAAUUUUGGCCGGCCAGAGCACUCUGUUUGUCGAGCUCGCCGAAACCGCGACGAUUUUGAACCACGCGACGCGGCAUUCCCUCGUCAUUCUCGACGAAUUGGGGCGGGGAACGUCGACGUUUGAUGGGACCGCGAUUGCUUUUGGCGUUGUCGAGCACCUGCUGCACACGACGGGAUGCCGCACCAUGUUUGCCACGCAUUACCACUCGCUCGUCGAAGAAUACUUGGACCAUCCGAAAGUCUCCCUCGGCCACAUGAACUGCAUGGUGGACCCGACCAACGAACAUAAAGUCGUAUUCUUGUACAAACUGGCCGACGGAAUAUGUCCCAAGAGUUAUGGGCUGAACGUGGCCAAGCUGGCGGACCUGCCCCAGGAAGUGAUUGACGUGGCAGCGGCCAAGUCGCAACAAUUUGAGCAAGUGCUGCAAGACUCGCACGUCGCCAUGCAGGUGCGCCAAGCUCUCGAUCGUCAAGACGUCCACGCGCUGCGGCAGCUCUGGAAAACGCUGGCCGACACCUCGUGAACCACGUCGUUGUUACAAGAGAAGGCUGGUGACUAGUCCAAUCGUUGUUAAUCGUCCUCCUUUUUGUCGUUCUCAAACAUGAGAAGCCCUUCUUCGUACAACGCUUUGACGAGUCCGAUUUGGUCGGCCGGGUCUUCGUGGGGCAAGUCGCCCACGCGAAAGUAUGACGGGUAGCUCUUGAAAAUGAACUCGAUGCACUCCGCGUCGUCCAAUUCAAACUCGAGCGGGG